AUGACUCCGUCGACCGUUGUCAAACCGUCCAGUGGUUCUCAGUCGCCGCAGGAACCUGACACUGCCUUACCUCCGCUCAACCUUCCGAACUUUGCAGGGGAACUGUUAGCUUGGGAAAGUUUCAGGGAUCGGUUUACCUCCUUGGUGCACAAGUUGAUCAAACUAUCUAAGGUGCGUAAACUCGAGUAUUUAAUGUCUUGCCUGACGGGUGACGCAGCGAAGAUGCUCGCACGUACGGCCAUCACGGAUGAGAAUUACGACGGAGCUUGGGCGUCUUUGGAGAAACGGUUUGGUAAUCGGCGCGUUCUCUCCGCUGCGCAUAUGCGUAGAUUGAUCAACGUACCGUCGGCAACGAAAGAUACCCAGUCCGAGAUCAAACGUUUGCUGGACGAAUUUCGCCAGACCCAGGAGGCGUUCAAGGCUCUGGCCAAACCUGUCAAGGAAUGGGAUGAAUGGUUUCUGUUCCUGAUGGUGGAAAAAUUGGACAAUACUACAAGACUUGCGUGGGAGGUGUCUCUUACCGAUCCCCUCGCUAUUCCACUGUACGAGACAUUGGAAGCGUUUCUGGAAAAUCGAGUACAUGCCUUGUCGUCAGCGCAGACCGCAGAAACCAUUCCAUCUCCGAAACCACUGACGUCAGGACGUUCCGGCGGAAAACCAGUGUCCCGUACCACGAUGGCAGUAAAGGUCGACGACUCCAGGAAGACGAAGAAUAACCGACAGUGUCCAUUAUGUGCGGGUGGUCACUCUCUGGGAUCCUGGCAUCAACUGCAACCUUGUACCUCCAACUUUCAGUAUUGGGUGUGCGGAGACACGCAUCAUAGGACCUUGCACGAUGCCUGCUCCAAGGGGACCGAGGAUAAUCGCUCCAAGUCGCCAGUGCCAACGUGCUCUUCCUACGCCGUGAGCUCGCGCGCAGUCACUCUCCUCGCCACUCCUGGCGACACUCCUCGACACUCCUCGUGUACUCCUGGAGGGCCCAGACGGAAGGACAAUGAAUGUACCAAGGUAGGUACGGCUCGAUCAGAAGUCUCGGUGGAGCUCCGCUCUCCUGUCAACCAGGAGUUUCGGAUUUCCUUGGACGCGCUGGUCACCAAGAGCCUCACUGCACCCACGCCAUCUCACCCCCUGGAAAAUGGCGAUUGGGACCACAUCAAAGGACUGCAGCUAGCAUAUCCAAACUUUAAUUUACCAGGCUGUGUUGACGUCCUUUUGGGAGCCGACGUCUGCGGCCGAUUGUUGCAGGAGAGAUGUGAGGGACCUCAUGGGACUCCCACAGCGGUGCUGACUCCGUUUGGCUGGACGCUGAUGGGAUCGACACGACCUUCGGAGCCGGGGAGGGCAGCGCGGGUGCUGCACGUUCGUCGUCACGAGUUGCCAGACCUGCAGAAAUUCUGGGAGCUCGAAGAGGUUCCAGUGGCAACUCCUUUGACUCCUGAUGAACUUACUUGUGAACGUUUGUUCCAGGACACCACGCAACGUGACUCCUCAGGUCGCUACGUAGUUUGUCUGCCUUUUAGAUCAACGCCUCCCCGGGUGAGGACCUCUCGACCUGCUGCAUUGCGGAUGCUGCUUUCGGUCGAGCGCCGACAACAACGGGAUCCAGACCUGUAUCAGAAUUAUGUGGAUUUCAUGGAGGAGUAUCACCGCUUGGGACACAUGGUCGCCGCCCCAGGGUCUCUCGCCGUCGAGGAUAAAGGAUGCUAUAUACCGCAUCACGCUGUGUGGAAAACUACGGAAGGACAGCGGAAGAUUCGGGUGGUAUUUAACGCAUCGAACGUUAACGCUGGAGGGUCUUCGCUCAACGAUGCGCUUCUUCCUGGUCCGAAAUUGCAAGCGGAUCUCUGGGCAGUCGUAACUCGUUGGCGGCUGUUUAGAGUGGCGUUCUCGGCAGACAUCGUGAAGAUGUUCCGUCAAAUUCUGAUCCAUCCGGAUGAGCAGGAUUGGCUGCGGAUUCUGUGGAGGAAACACCCAGGUGAGAGGCUCCCUACCUUGCUCAUCGAGUUCUGA